CGAUGAACGAUCGCAGUCGCAAUUCAAAGAUUACUUACAGUCUUCCAACGUCCGCUGAACUCAUUUUGCAAAAACACACAACACAUCCAAUCGCCAUCAUGAGUCGUUUGUCAAUCAUAUUGGUCAUCGCAUUGGUCGGUUACUCACUGGGUACACCGUACGGAUAUGGUGGAAGUUCAUCAAAAGGAUAUGGAAGUCAAGGUCAAUACCAACAAGGCGGCCACGGUGGUGGUUAUGAACACGGCGAAAGCCAAGGACAUCAUGGUGGAAACCAUGGUGAACACCAACAGGGUAGCCACCAUGGUGGUAGCCAACAUGGACACCAAGAACAUGAAAAUCAUGGUUCAAACUAUGAACAUGGAAGUAGUCACCAUGGAUCAGAAUAUCAGCAUGGUGGAAGUCACCAUGGAUCAGAAUAUCAGCAAGGUGGUCAUGGACAUGGCAGUAAUCACGGAUCAAGUUAUGGUCACGGUGGUGGAAGUCAAGGACACGGUGGACAUGGUUCAAAUCAUCACGGACACGGCAGUGGUCACUACUAAAACUUUCAUUACAUUUUUGAUGCCAUCCGAAUCUCCUUUUAUUAUUUACUACGUCACCAUUUUCUUGGGCGUACGACUAAAAAGUCAUAAUAUAAUUGACGACUUUUAGUAUUAUUUAUUUCAUCACUAUUUAUUUCUCAAUUAUAAAUUUGAUUUUAAU